UCAUCCAGCAGAGAUAACCCUCACAACUACUGCUGUCUGACAUCAGAGACAUAUCAAGAGAGGAAGAGAGGGAGAUACUAUAAGAAAAAGUUAAGGCAAUCAACACAGCGCUGAUUUAAACACAACAGACUUCAGGUUUGUCCCAGUGGCAGUGACUCUUCAGAUCGUGCAGGAGCACAGCUGACCCCAUUAUCCAUUUCCCUUCCCUCUCGCCUUCUGCCCCCUCUUCCCACCCAAGACCAUGGAGGAGGUCACCAAGGUCCCGCCUCCCGUCCUGGAACGUCGGGUUCGCCAGCGACAGACCACCGUUUCAGUCCUCAAAUCCAAGCUGAAACAGGGUGUGACCUGCUCUGUGCCCAGAGUCCGAUCCACCCUCACCGGAUUCUUCCCUGUUGUACGCUGGCUGCCUAAAUACAAGCUCCAAGAGUACGUCUGGGGUGAUUUGAUGUCCGGGGUGAUCGUUGGAAUCAUCUUGGUACCACAAGCCAUCGCCUACUGCCUGCUGGCAGGAGUGCAGCCCAUCUAUGGUUUAUACACCUCUUUUUACGCCAACAUCAUCUACUUCCUCAUGGGGACAUCUAGACAUGUCUCUGUGGGGAUCUUCAGCCUCAUGAGCCUCAUGGUUGGACAGGUGGUAGAUAAGGAGAUGUUCAUGGCUGGAUUUGACCUCGAUGAAGACUCAAAAGCUUCUGGCCUGGUGUUUAAUGCCUCGCUUGGUACAAAUCUGACAAUUGGAACACCUCACAGUGUGGAGCUAAUGGGUGUGCAGUGUGGGAAGGAGUGUUACUCCAUCACCAUCGCUGCUGCCCUAACAUUCUUGGUUGGCGUCUAUCAGCUCCUCAUGGCCGUGUUUCGGCUAGGCUUCGUCUCUGUAUACCUUUCGGCUCCCAUGCUUGAUGGUUUUGCUACGGGAGCCUCUUUCACCAUCCUCACCGUACAGGCUAAAUACCUGUUGGGCAUAAAGAUCCCCCGGCACCAGGGAUACGGCACAGUUGUCGUCACCUGGUUCAACAUCUUUGCCAACAUUCAUAACACCAACCUGUGUGACCUCAUCACUAGUGCAAUCUGUAUCUCUAUAUUAGUGGCAGGAAAGGAGAUCCAGGAGCGCUACAAGGAUCGCCUAAAGAUCCCUCUCCCGACUGAGCUGAUUAUAGUGGCAGGAGCUACGCUAGCUAGUCAUUUCGGGGAGCUGAACAGCAAGUAUGGCUCCAGUGUUUCCGGUCACAUCCCCACAGGGUUCAUUCCCCCGCAGGUGCCCAGCUUCACUCUGAUGCCACGGUUGGCACUGGAUGCCAUUCCUCUGGCAGUCAUUAGUUUUGCCUUCACGGUGUCACUGUCCGAGAUGUUUGCUAAGAAAAACGGCUAUACAGUCCGUCCCAACCAGGAGAUGCUGGCCAUCAGCUUUUGCAACAUCAUCCCCUCCUUCUUCCACUGCUUCACCACCAGCGCUGCAUUAGCAAAAACUAUGGUGAAGGACUCAACAGGCUGCCAAACACAGAUAUCCAGUCUGAUUAGUGCCCUGGUCGUCCUUCUUGUCCUACUCUUCUUUGCCCCUUAUUUCUUUGCUCUCCAGAAGUGCGUUCUUGCCUGUAUCAUCAUCGUUAGCCUUCGGGGGGCACUGAGGAAGUUUAAGGAUGUCCCGGCAAAGUUGCGUGCCAGCCGAGACGACGGUAUUGUCUGGAUGGUCGCCAUGUCAGCCACAGCUCUGAUCAGUGUGGAGCUGGGUCUCGUGGUCGGGGUGGUAUUUUCCAUGAUCUGCGUCAUCUAUAAGACCCAGAACCCCAAGGUCUCUCUCCUGGGCAAGGCCAGUGAAAUCGAUCUUUAUGAGGAUGUGGAAGAGUACAAGAACCUCAUGCCACCACCUCGGGUUCAGAUCUUUCGCUUCCAGGCUCCUCUGUACUACGCAAAUAAGGACUCCUUCCUCAGAUCUCUCUACAAAGCUGUCGGAGUUGAACCUUUCCUGGAACUGACUAAGAGGAGAAAAGAAGAGAAGAAGGCUCAAGAGAUGUCUUCAAAGCAGAUAAAGGCGAAUGGAGACAAAAGCAAUGGAGAGGUUGUUAUUGGACUCGUUCAGAGAGAACUGGAUUUUCACACGAUAGUUUUAGACUGCUCCGCCAUCCCGUUCAUAGACUCGACAGGCAUGGCCACAUUUGAAGGGCUGGUCAAGGAAUUUGGAGAGAUAAGGGUGAACAUACUCCUCGCAAAUUGUAACACCUCAGUUAUCGAUAUCCUGCAGAAGGACAUCUUUGGGAAAAAUGACAAAGACAUGAGCAGUCGGCUGUUUCAUACAGUUCACGCUGCAGUUCUUCAUGCAAAAGAAUUAUAUGCAGCAGCAGAGAGCAGGUCAGAGGACUCUGAGGUGUAGAGCAGCUUGAAGGAGAGGCAGUUUUGGUUAGCUAUCUUGUCACUUAGGGAUUGAAAGACAUCUACAAUCAAAGCUUUUGUUUUUUCAGUACAGGGGAUACAAAUGGUACAUGGUACAGGGUCCAACAUAGUCAACGAAUAACUAGAAUACCUAACAGUUUAGUUCCUAUUAAGUUGCUAAUUAAUAACUGGGUAUGUCAUAUAACACUGUGAAAAGCAACGUUCUUUGCAAUGAAAGCAGUUUUAACUUUUUAUAUCACUUCAAGACCUUGGCUAGAGUCUGAAAAGGCUCCAAUCCAGAGUCAAGAGUUCAGACAUGGAGCUUCAUCCACUAUCGGCGGUAUUUCCUGAGGUGCCAAUUAUUCUUCCUGACUUUCAACAGUUUUUCGUACUUUUAUUUUUUUCAUACCUGGGAUCAUUACAACAUACUUGUACUCUUGCCCCGUUACCUGAUCACCAAACAAUGACAAUAAAAAUAAAAGACUCCAACGCAAUUGUGAUGUCUUCUCAGGUGCUGGAGGGAAGCAAGUCAUUUAGUUUUUUCGUAUGAGCACAGAUUUUGUCUCUAAUAAAUCAUUGUCUUUCCUCAUGUCUUUCAUCCUGUUGCUGCCGAGUGCAAAACGUUAGGUAAAAUAAUAAGUGAAAGUACACUAACUUUUGUAAUACAUCAUAAAAAGUAUGUAGUUUUAUUUUAAACUUAACAUGUUCGUAUUAAAUCUUGAUGAACUGCCAUUGUAAUUAAAUGUAGACACAUUUAGAAGAUGAUCAUUUUGUACUAUUUGUAUUACAGUUUUUGCCAUCAAACCUUUUAUUCAUGUAUUAAUUUAACUUGAAUAGUGAUAGUGAUUGAAUCAUGUGCUAGAGGAAGUCUGCUUGACCUUCAUUACAGUGUUGACAUUCAACAACCAUAUAUAAACACUGUCUUAAUGUUCAAUACUUGAAUUAAACUGACUAGUUUGA